AUGAAGAUUGAAGAAGAGUGUGGGGUUAUCAACCCCAACUGUACAGAAAUGGUUCGUUUCAAACUUGCCUUUUUUGGAAUUUUGCGAUGGGUUUCAGCCUCGCUCAUGCGUACAACUUAUUCUCGCAGUUAAAAAUGCGAAAACGACAGAACAGUUCAUCCGAGAAAUCGAUAAAGGACGAGAAACUCAUGCGGUCAUGGGAAAGGUUUCAUUCGAAAAGUUUUUUAGACAUACAACUUAUUGAUUUUUAGACCGAACUGUGUCGCUGGGUUGUAGUUCUGAAUCGUUGCGAUGAAGUUCUAGAAAAAGCUGUUGUAAAGGUGAAUUUUUCAAGUUGUAAUUUGGAGGAACAAUUGGGAUUAUUUUCAGGAUGAAGUGGGGCAAAUGCUCUGUGAUCGAGACAUGGAAAUGCGCAAAUUCACGAUCUCAGUUCUUCGAUUCACAGUCCUUUUGUUUGAAUCAACAUCUUCGCGUCGAGUUUAUCGCAGCAUGGAUGUCAGUUUUCAAAUUUUUCACUUCAAUUUUGAUUUCAAUUCUUUCAAAUUAAUUUUCAUUUUGAAUGCUUUAGUUUUGACAUGAAAAAGGGGUCUAUUUAUCGAAGUUUUUCGAGUUUUUUAUUUUCAUUUCGUACAGUUUUUCGAGAUGUUUUUUACAAUAUUUGAUUUUUUCUUUGUUUCCAUUGAUUCUGAUCCUCAUUAAAUGCUUUGUUUUGUCAACCGAGAAAAAUCACUUCGAUUCUUGUUCUGCAUUUCGUCUACUGAACCUAGCAAAAAAAAGAAUAGGGGUUUUUGUUGAACUUCAUUUUUUUGUAGUAAAAAAAUUGUUACAGGGUAUUUUUCAAAUUUAUCAUUUUAAUUUCGUAAAGUUGAUCUUUUUUUUUCAUUUUUUCAAUGAAUCUAAUUGUCCUUCCUAAACCUCUUCUUUCUUGAAUUUUUUUCAGUGCCAAGAUUCCUUCAAUUUCAUUUUUUAAAAAAUUGCGAAAGCGAGUUUAAAAGCACACAGGAAAUGAUUUUUAGCCUCGAAACUUUUGAAAGUUUUUCUAUCCUUUAAAAGUCUCAGCAAGUUUUUAAACUUGAACAUUUUAUCUUGCAAUAUUUCUGAAGAUGAUUUUGGUUGGUCCCUUUUGAACUUUUUUUACAAUUCUGAUUCCAAGCCAAUUUUCUUCAUUUUCCAGCGAGUUCUCGCUUUGCUCGAAACCCAAGACAUGGAAAUGCUGGCCGAUGUCCUUCGACUCCUCCAAACAAUGGGAAAAAGAUCGAAAUAUUUGAAUCAAAGACUCUGCCCAAGUGAUCAAUCAACGCUUGUGCACAGUUUGACCGCCAUUGCUCAGGUUUUUUCUUUUUAUUUUGAUUUUAAUACAUUAUUUUGACGUUUCAGUGCUGGGGCGGCAAACUUCGAUCCGUCAAAAUGGCUGAAUGUGUCAAGGAGAACGUCAAUUUGCCAGCUCUUUUCCCGUUCACCUACACGGAUUCGUUCUCUCGGCUGAUUUCCAUCACAAAGCCCGUGGUUAGUUUGUGAAAUCUUAUGGAGUGAAAAACCAAAAUUUUUUGAAUGCUGGGAAAAUUUUAGUGGCCACUAUAGGGUUUUGACGUUUUAGUGGCCUCUAUAGUAGUCAAGUUAGUGGCCACUCGAGGGGUUAAAAAUUAGUGGCCCCCUAUAGAGAUCUAAGUGCUACUACUAGACCCCUAAAAAUUUAAGUGGCCACUUUAGGGGUCAAUGGAUCAACAUAACUGAUCAGAUCUGUUUUUUUUUUAAUUAUCAGAGUUACUGGAAGGAAUACUGGGUGAAAAACUACUGAAGUGGCCACUAAAACGGAAAAUACACUAUAGAGGUAGGUUUAGUGGCCACUUUAGUGUCUUACGUUUUGAAAAAAAAAAAUCUUAUCUAUGAUUGCCUGCUGUUUUUUUUGUACGUGACUUGAACGAUAGUAAAAGUACUUUGAAAAAAAAAACACUCGAAAUGAGAUAUUAUUUGUUGCAGGAAGGCGAAUGCAUCGCCGCUCUGGUGGAACGGAUCAGCUCGGCGACUUCCGGAACCAACCAGACGUCGAGGGCCUCGACGCCAUCGAAAGCGACGACGUCGCAGAACGAGUCGACGAUCCUGGCCGGCAGCCCGCAGCAGACGUCGAUGGCCGCAGAAGACCGCUACUACCUCUUGGCCGUCGUCCGGAUGCUCCAGGGCUUCGAGGAACGCCAACAUCGCGUCCGAUGUCUCGUCGCCCGUCUGCUGGCGGUUUCUACGCUCAGUGAGUGUUCGUACUAGAAUCUAUUGCUUUCUGUCGUGUUUUGUGCUGAAAAAACAUUCUGACUGCCUUUUUACGUUCUGGAAAAUAUCGAUUUCAAUAAACUUUAUAAGAAAGCUCUAUAUUUCACUCAUUUCCAUGUAGAAUUAAAGAUUAAUGGCAAUAUUUCACAAUUUUUAUUGAUAAGGUCUUAGGCAUGAACGUUCAAGUUUCAAACAGGUACUGCCGCGAAACGCAAAAUUAUCUCUGACUCUCCAAAAUUUAGUUAUCUUUCCCACUCUCUGACGCCUAUUUCGAAAUUCAAGGAAUCCCUUUGAAAACGGCAUAAUCUCUAAAUUUUUUCUUGGCUCUCCGGAUCUUUCAGGCUGGAAAAGUUGAAAAGUCCUUUAAUUUCACGCUGAGUAGACGUUCAUGCAUAUGACUUUUGGUUAUGAUAAACUUUUUUAAAAGAAAAUCGGAAUUAAAUGUAUUAUUUUGCAGUUUAUUGCCGCUGCCAACCGGAUGACACCAGCCUCGGCGCGCUCCUUUACACGGGAUUCGUUGAAGAACUCGUCGCCCUGUUGAAGACCGAAAAGUGAGCUUCAUUCUGUUGACAGAUUUUUCGUAGCUUGAAAUAUCUGAAGGAAAUUAUUUCCAGAACUAUUGUUUAGAUUACAUCCCGCCCCUAGAAGCUGAACCACCUUGUAAAUCUUGUUUAGACAGUUAUUGAGCAUUGGAAACUGACGAAUUCUAAGAAUAUUGAACUCUAAAAAAAACUCAAAAGAUUUUUUUUUUGCGUUUGUGCAGGUCAUUCCCCUUCAAAACUAGGAUAUUGAAACGUUUGCCAGAACUAAUAAUUUGAAUUUUUAUAGGAACAUGAAGAGAACUAUAAAAUCUUACUAUAAUAACUAUAAAAAUAUAAAAUCAUAGAAGGACUUUAUUGAGAAUUGUUUGAGGUAUUCAUGAUUUAAAGCGUUCUAGAAAUUUUUUUCUGAGGAUUUAUCAUAUAUUUUCCCGAAAUAAGGACUGCAUAAGUAUGAGCUAUCUAAUUUUUUUCACAGGUCCUCGGACACUCGCGAAGAAUCGGCCAUGCUCGACACGAUUCACGCCGAAGCCUUGUCGACCCUUUGCGCCAUCGUGACCCUCGAGAAAGAACAAAGGUAAAGAUGGGCUUUGAUUUUUACAAAAAAAAAACCCUCCAAGUGUGAAAAAAAAUUGUAUUUUCCCGUCGAAAUCAAAUAAUUUUUUCAUUUUCUAAUUUCCAAAUUUUUCGGCGAAACGAUGAAUCUACACAUGAUAGACGUUUUGAUGGUCGCAAUCAGUUGAGGUUUUUUUCCUUACAAGGCUUUCCUGAGAAAAUAUGGACUAUACAGUUCAACUUUAGUUUUUCUUUCACUUGAACUUCUUCUAUCUUCUGUAAGCAAAACUUUCAAAUGCUUUAUUAAAGAACCCAAAUUAUUUUUCUUAUUUCCGACCCGUCAGCCGGAUCAACCAGAUCCUGGAGGCCCUGUCGGCCGGAUCCUACCAUGGAUUCCUGUCGGUCCUGACGCGGCAGAUCGUCCACGAGCUCAAGAGCAACGAACUCGGCAAGCCGGGCAAACCCUCGAUCGCCCUCUCGACGGCCCUCUUCUCCUUCAUCUACCACCUCGCCAGCAUCGAACCCGGGGGUAGUUGGCGCGCGUCUCUCCAUUAUCCGAAUGAUCCGGUCGACUUCCAGGAGAAACUUUGGUCGCCAGCGGCCUCACCCAGACUCUCCUCAGUGUCAUCGCUCAUCACGAUCUUCCCAUCGAGCUGAUCACUUUUGGAACCAGGUAUGUUAAUAUAGCGUACGUGGGCUGAGCUCAAUAAGCUCAGAAGGUUUAGGUUUAAAAUAAGGAGUAUAACAUAUCUUUGAGCCCAAGGGAUAGUGCUAACAAGAAUGAAAAAGGCUUCAACCCCGGGGAGGUCAUGAUGAAUUCAGUUUAACGAAAUUAUUGAAAAGAAAAGUCGCAUGUAUGCUGUUUCCAAGGGUCUGUUUCUUCUUUUUCAGGAAAAUGAAGGAAGAAAAAAAAAGGUUUUCAGUGCUUUUUGUCAUUUUCUUGAGGUUUAACUACUGAUAGAUUUUUAAGAAAUCGCGAAAGUAGGACAAUUUCUCAAGUUUGAACGAUUUUUAAAAUAAGAAGCGUCAUUUUUUCUACAAAAGCCCAGUAGAAAAAAAAUGCAUAGUAUUGCGAUUCUGCAGUCCCUUGAAAUCAAAGUUCUGUCGUUUUAGAAAGUUUGAAUCUUGUAGCUUCAAAAGCAUUUAUGCUGAAUUUUUUGUUGCGAAAUCGCUCUAUGGUAGAAAAAAGUAGAAGUAGAAUUUGAACUUGCGUACUUUCACGGUUUUUUGAGCGUUCGCAGGCCGUAAAAAAAGAGAGAAAAAAAAAAAUGGUGACGGGCAGGUGGGAACGGCGCGCGGCUCUGUUUCUGAGUCACCGCGUUAGAAAUUUUGCAAGACCGUGCAGUUGGAAGAGACAAGGAAAAAAAAAGGCGGCAGAUGUCGAAGAGUGGUCUCGACAUUGAAGGGAUCGUUCUUUUUUAGAGGCUUCCUAGAGACGGGGGAUGGGAAAAAUUUAUAUAUAAACUGAGACCGUAAGAGAUAAAGGGGUAAAUGGCUUUCUGUCAUUUUUCUGACAAUAGAGAGGACUUGGAAUUGAUUUAGACUUUUUCUGAUUUAUCAAGGUUUUAUAAAAAGAGAUUUAUGUAUUGAAUCGUAAAUUUCGACCUUUUCUGAUGUAACAAGGUAUUAUACUGAAAAGGCUUCAGAAAAUGUUUCCCUGACCUUUUCGUAUUUCACAACGAGUUUUAACGUUCUUAAAAAGUCAAAAAUAUCUGGAAAAAAAAUUCAAAAAGUUUCCUUAGAUGCGCUCGAAUCAUCGACCUUUUUACGACAAUCGACGUCGCUGCAUUCCGAAACAACAAUGGAAUGGAGAUUUGCAUCAAUCGCGUCGUGGUAAGGAAUUUUAUGAAUAAAAUAAUCCUUUUUUUACCAUUUUAUGAGCACUGAGGCAUUUAGAACAUCCCAAUUUGUAUAAAUUCUUUGUUCAGUACGAAGUCGACCAGUGCCGAAAAGAACAGCCUUUCAUGAUCGACGUCAGCGAAGAUCGCUCCUUCGAAGGAGAACCUGACAGAAAUCCCCCGAAUCCCAUCGCCGCAGGAGACGUGGCCGCCAUGGAGACGUCAGAGUCUGGAACCGAGAAGAAGGAAGAAAAAGAGAAGGAGAAGGAGGAAAGAACUCCCGGAGGACCUUACAUCACGGCCCCAAGGACCGGCCUCACCUGCCAUCAGCAAAGAUCUGGCCUCAUCAAAGGCCUGCUCACUUUCGUGAAAAGAGCCAUCCAGGAUCCCCAGUUCCAAGACAGCAUUCAGCAUUGUUAGUUUUUAAGUAGUGCUUUUAGAGAAAAAGCUUUAAGAACUCUGAAAAUUGAACACAAGUUGAAGCUUUUCUUUUUAUACAAGGAAGUUGUCUUUGUUCCCAGUAGUGGUUAGAAGAAAGCUCUUAUAAUUUUUCAAAUUGAACAUAACUUGACGUUUUCUACUUUUUUUUUAGGAAAGGUGAGUGCAUUAAAGAUAGCAGUUAUAAUUUUUAGUUUUUGAGGUGGUUAAAAAAGUUCCGAAAAUGACAAAAUUGAACAGAAAUUCUACAUUUAAGAAUAAAAAAUCGCUUGGUGGACUGAAAAAAAAAACGGGUGAAAUAAGAGCUUUUAGGUUAAUUUAUUGAGAGCGUUUUGGGUAUAGAAAAAAGGAAUCUUCCUUCGAAUUGCCAAAAAAAUAACCAAAUUCUGAGUUUAGCGAUAUAAAAAGGAUGUAAAAACAAGAAAAUCGAAGGCCAAUACAGAGCUGAUUCCGAGUUUCAAGAAAUCUGCUUUAUGUGGACAUUUUCAGUGAUGGACGGAGGCCUGCCCGAGGCUCUCAUGCACAUUUUAUCGAACGCCGAAUAUUAUUCGCCUUCUCUUUUCCACCAAUCGGCUCAACUGAUCACCAAUUUCGUCUACGACAAGCCAGAGCAGCUAUCUGCUUUGCAAGAACGUCAUGUGCCGUUUGUCAUGCUCCAGAGUCUGUUGAGGAAGGAGGUUUAAUGGAAAAAAAAGAGUGAAAGAAGAAGAAAAACGAGAUUUUAGUUGCCAAACUCCCGUGAUAUCAUCGGUCAUAUGGGAUCCGUUUUCGCGGCCCUUUGCAUCAAUGAACGCGGUCUCAGACAGUUCCAGGUGAUUAUUAGGAGGAAAAAAAUUGAAUUUUCGAGUGACGUUUAUGUUGAAAAUAAAGGAUAAGUUUGCGCGAAAUUUGCCCUUUUUUUUGAAAAAAAUGGGACAUUUUUCUCUGCAAAAAAAGACUUAUUGGUUCACUGCUCAAAAAUUUUUUUUAAUAUUGUUAGAAAAAGAAAAAAAGAUUUUUUUCUUGUUCAGCUUGUUCAAUGGAAAUAUCAAGGUUUUUCAUAAAUUUCAUUAUCUUUCUUCUUUCUAAGAAUUUAAUCAUUUUGACCCUUAAUUUUAGUAUUUUCUGACCAACUAAGCUUCAUACAAGAAAGUUUCAAAAAGAGACUUCAAAAAGUUCAAGAAAAAAAACCUGUCAGUUCCUUACUAAAUGAACUUUAAAACAUGUUAUACGCGAUUUUUUUAAGCAUGUGAUCAUUUCAAAUCAUUUUUCAGUCUUAUGAGCCGUUCGACCAAAUAUUCCGCACGAUGCUCAGCGUCAAGUUCCUCGUGACCAUGAAAAAGAAGAGAACGGAAAUGAGUAAGAGAAACAGAAGGAAUAUAAAUGAAGACCUUUUUCUUGCAGCGGACACCGCCCAAACGAUAGGAACGGCUCUGGGCGAUCUGUUGAGACAUCAUCCGGUUUUGAAGAAACUGAUGCUCAAUUCGAUGAAUAAGGUGGGAAAAAUGGUUGACGACGCUCUGAAAAAUUAUCUUUAAAAAAGUUUAAUUUGUACAAAAAAACAAAAAAAUCAAAUUUCGAUUUUUUUUGCAAAAAUUUUUGAGGAUAAAUUUCCUUCAUUUUAAUGAUUUUUUUGAUCCAAUUUCUGAAAAAAAGUUAGAAAAAAAUUGGGUGACGAUACGAGACAAAAAGGAGAUUUUGAAAAAAAUCAGCGAAUUUCAAGAUUUUUUUCAAAAUUUUAAAGCCGAAUCUUCAAAUUGGACCUUUUCCCUGAUUGCCCUCAAAAUUUUUACCAUCAAUAUGUAUUUUUUUAAGUAUUUUUUUUUCGAGGUGCGGCUGGAAGCGCUUUAAAAAAAUUUCUGUUUCUCCAUUUAUUCAGAAAAUUCCAAGAAGUAGUCAUAGGUCAUAUCAAUAUUAAGAAGAAAAAGGAUCUUAACGCUUUGAAAAUUUAGAAAAAAAACAGUCAUUGGCUUGAGAAUCGCGAAAAAGUCCAAAAAAAAACAAGUUCAGGUUCUGGACCACCUCCUGGAGAUCGGCAACGACCCUCCGGCGAACACGGAGAUCGUGAUGGCGUUGGCGAAGCAGACGGCGCGAAGCAUGGCUCGCUGCGCGGCUCCCACUGGAUGUAUAAACGAUCUCCCCACCAACGAGUCAACCCUUUUUCCUUCGACAGCAACGACGUCGACGUCGACGACCGGCGCCGCGACCAACGCGACGUCUUCGGCGACGGCGACCCGCGCCUCCGGUUCCUCAGGCAUGCGCGCCUACACGCGCUACCAAGUCGCGAGGGGCCAGCAGCACCCCCGGCCCCAGCAGUCCCAUCAUCAUCACCACCACAACCGAAUCCAUUUUGCCGCAUUUUGUAAGCGCUCCUUGAUGUGCAGAGCAGACGCACGCGUGGGAAUGGCUUCGUUUCAAGAAAAAAAAUCUCCAUGUCAAAAACAAGUUGGAAAUGCACGCGAGAAGCACCGCGUGGAAUGGCUUUGUUUCAGAAAAAUCAACGAGCCAAAAAUUUUAGAUUGAAAAAACUUUCUCUUAGAAUGAAAAAAAUUACACAAGUGGGCUUUGUUUCAAAAAAAAAUCUGAAAUUGCACGUGUGAAGUAAAAAUUAUGACUUUAUUUGAAGAAAAAAAUCUGAAAUGCCCAGAAAUAAGUUCAAAAAUCUGUAAAAAAAUUAAGCUUAAAAUUUCAAAUAUUUUUUUCGUUUUAAGUUUGGCACGAAUCGCCAUUUUCGCGUGCACCUGCUGAAGAAGUGAUGAAUCGAUUCUAAUUGGCUUUUUUUUUAUUAUUAAUGGAAAAUAGACCUGAUUAGAAAGUCAAUUUAGUCGGUAACCUUUUUCUCUCGCUCCAGCUUCUCUUGAAAACUGAUCCAAAAUCAAAGAUCUCAAAAAUAAUAGAAGCGAGGCUGAAAUUUUGGAAUUUCGAACUGUUCGCAGAGUUUUCUGUUUUCCCUAUCAAAGUUCUCGAAAUCAGAAUUAGGUCCUGUUUGAAUCGAUUCAUCAGUUCUCGUUUUUGCGUUUUUCGUUGUGCUGGUGGUAAGUGUCGUGCUGUGCCUUUCUCUUCUUGGUUGUGCAUCAAACUCAAUAUUUUCUCUUUUUCUUCAUUUUGACGUUUCAGUGGAACCCGUGGUCGACGAACCUCCACGGCCCGUCGUCCAGGAACCUUCUCCGAGCGCUGCCGCUGAAGUCGAAAUGGUAAGAAGUUUAGGGAGUUCGAACGAAAAUCAGAUAUUUAAAAACAUUGAAAUCGAAUCUAGAGUUUUUAUGAGUUAUCAGCAUCUUCAACACUAAAAAAGACAAUAUCAUAAGAUUAUAAAAUCAAGUUUGGUCAGUUUUUCAACUCGAAUUUAUUCAAUUCUUCAACUUGAAGGCCCAAGAAGAUAACUCCAACGCUCUGAUGGAAGACGACGAGGCCUCUGACGUAGAUGAAGACGAGAUGAGCAUGGACGAGAUGACGUCAGAAGUCUCGACUGUGAAUCCGCCGUCGAGAGCUGAAGAGACGUUGCCCGUCGAUUCGCCAGUCGAAAAGUCCUUGGCCGAGAAGGAAAAGCGCAUUCAUGCGCAGCUGGUGCGUUAGAAAGUUUGAAUAUUAUGUUCAUUUUUGAUCAAUCAGUCGAUCAAUCAAUUAAACAGAAUUAUAAGGAACAAAGCGAUGCAAUGAACCUUUGAGAACAAUAAAAAAAUAAGAUUAUUGGUACAAAAGUAAGAUUUGAUACGUUUCAAUGGACUAGAGUACUUUGAAAGAAACUUAUGGAUAAUUUUUCAACCAUAGGUAAAAAGUUUUAGUCAGGUUCCUGUUUAAAAACGCCAAAAUGUUUUUUUAAAAAAACUAUUUGCUUUUUCAAUUGGUCAUUGAAAUGAUAUUUUGAAGUCUGGUCUCAUAAUCACGUCAGUUUUGUUUUUUUUUUUUCUGGAAAGUGGUAUCAAAACGAUCUUUUUCUUGUAAGAAUUUGUUUAGCUCGCCUGUAUAGUGUUUUAUGAGGCCUAAAAAGGCUUGAAAAAAAAAUUAGAAUUAUUCGAGAAGUUUCCGAAAAAAGUAGAAGCCCAUGAUUUUUAUGAAAAAGUUUUUUUUUGAGGUUUUCACUUAAGCUGUGAUGAUUUUUGAAAAUAUACUGUCAAAUUUCCGAUGAUUUUGAAAUUUCUAGGGCUUGGACAUGGACUGCGACGAUGAGAAUGGCAAAAGAAUCCUGCCGCUGGGCGAUUAUAUGCUGAUCGCUGCUAAGGUUUGUUUAAAAAGAAAAAAAAUAAAAUUUUAUUUUUGUCAGGUAAAAAGAGAUAAGGCAGUAUUUUUCCAUGGUGUGUAUCUAUAAUUUUUUCGUAAAAGGGUUGUGACGUAGUUUUUCAGAUUUUUCUGUCAGAUGUUUAUUUUUGCUUUGAAACGAGGGAUCUUGAGAAUAAUGACAUUAGAAACGACUUUGAAAAAAUGAAUGAAGAUGCAAAUUUUAUUAAUUUACGCGUAAAAUCUUAUAAAAUCUGGAAAAUUGAAGGCUUAGAGGGCGACCUUUUCAGAAAAAAAAGAGUUAUGGAAAGAUCUUAUUUGUUUCUUUUUCCAGAUCCUGGAGACGUUGCUCGCUCAACAGACGGCUUCCGAAAUGGCCGAAGACCUAAUCCAAUCGUCGGGAAUCGAGAAACUCCUGGCCCUCUGCCAACUGAGAUGCCUGAACACGGAAAUCGCGCACAGCUCCUUCUCCCAAAGCGUCGCCAACAUCAUCAAAUCGAUCGCCCUUCAGCGGAACAUGAACUCGGCCGAGCAGCUGAUGAAGUCCGUCAUGAACUCGUUCGUCCAGACCAUCUCCCCGGUCCUGAAACAACGCGCCUCUCCGACGACCUCCGACGACGCUCCCAGCGCCUCCCUCCUCGUGCAUCUCAAGGAAAAGACCAUCUUCGACUCCCUCAACAACCUCAACAACAUCAUGCCCGUCCUGAUGACCAUCACCAAGUGCACCCUCGGAGGACAGUUCGCCAUGGAAAUGCGCAACCGCGUCUGGGACACCUGGCUAACGGAAGACGGCAAGAAGCUCUACAUGUGGAUGCGAAGAGUGCGUUUUUUCUAGAGAAUAGCGGAGUUGGGACCAUUUAACCCAUGAGAAGUUGUAGAAGACAUUAGAAUACAAAAGAAAAAUGAAGAAAUCAGUUUGUAGUCUCAAUUUCUUUUGAAAAAAAUUCAGUUUGGGUGGAAACGGCUCUUGUAGAAAAACUGUGUGGGAAGAAAAAGUGAUUAAAAAUUGAAAAAAAGAGCGAAUUUGACUUGUUUACCAUAACCUAUUAGUUGGAAAAAAAGGUUGACUUCGGGUUAAAAUAUUCAUGAAAUAGAACAUUUUUCCUUUUUGCACAAUCGGCAAUUUUUUUUUUUUUGUCAAUUUUUGAAACAAAUAAUUUCUAAGAGUUCCUAUUCGAAAUUUUUUUAAAUAAUACAGACGCCAGAAUAAGUAAAUUUACAGUCUUCGAAUAUAAUUCUGAAUGUGGUUUUUGCCAUGUUACUCCCGUUUGAAAACUGUUCGAGAGCUUUUUAUCGGAAGUAUCACUUCAAUAUUUUCUGUUUUAUACAUUAUUUUAGAGUUUUUUUGUAAUAUAAAGAAGAUGAGAAAAAAAUGUUAUGUAACCGAGUAUUUUUUCCAGCUUUCUCGCAUGUUGACCUGGGAGACGGCGUUGAUCCGCGUCGUGAAACCGAGUAUCAGAACGACGGCCACGCAAACCGAUCCCGGAGAACUCAUCACCAUCGGAGAUCAUAAUGAAGCGGCUGCCGCAACUGACACCAGCCUCGAACAUGCCAUGGAGUUUGUCAAAUCUCCCUUUCCUUGGGAAAAAGAUUUUUCAGCACCACAAACGCCGAUAAUGAGCCUCUGUACUUCUCGCCGUUGGUCUCCUCGACGCCCAGGGCCAAGAGCAUCUCCGACACGACCUCCGUCGCCGCUGAAUCCAAAUCUCCAGCUUGGAUCGCCGCUGGAAUCUCUCCGGUAUGCGUUGGAAUCAACUAGAGGAUACAAUCAAAAAAUAAAAAAAUUAUUUUUAACGGAGAUUUUAUACUUUAAAUAGAUUCUGAGGUUUGAUAAUGAGAGUGAAACAGUUGAUUUUCGAGCGAAAAAAUUAACACGAAUAUUUACGCGAAAAGGGAGAAAUUGCGUAAAGAAAAUGCUUGUACGUGUUCUGUAGUAUUUUUGCUCCAAACUAGCUAAAAAUUAAGAUUCCAUUUUUUCCCCCAGUUUUUCCCCCGUCAAGUGAAAAAAACACCUUUGAAAAACAUGACUAAAAAACUUUUUUUGCUCCUGGUUGAACUUUCAAACACAACAAGAAAAAAAAAGUCUUGGAAUAAAUCGUUUUUUUGAGUUACACUUCAGAAGCUUGAAAUAGCGCUUUUUUGUCAUUAUUUUCUUAUUUUGCAAGCUUUGAAGCUUCACAAUUCGAGAAAAAAAAAAUGCUUUUUCUCUUGUUCUGGAAUCUGGAGGUCCUGAAGUACUAUUCAGAAAACAAUUUCAUCAAAAGAUCAACUGAGGGCUCAAAAACUUUUUUCAAAGAGAAUCGAAUCUAUUUGCCAAUUUUCUCAAACCUCCCUUUCAUUAUUUGAAUUUUCCAGGAAGAAAACGCCUUCUGGAUCCAAAAUAAGAACGUGGCCGACCUGGUCAUCCGCACCGGAAAAACCUUGUCCGACCUUUUGAGCCUGCUCUCCCGAUCGAUUUUCGGCACUUCCAACCGCCGGACUCGUCGUCAAGGCGACACCACCCAGCCUGUUUUGAGCUCAAAUGAUCCCGCUAAGUAUGAAGAAACGAAUAUAAACUUUUGAAAAAACCAAAAUUUUCUUAGACUCCUCGCCAAGAUGAUCUUCACCUCGAUCUACACCGAUCUGAAGUGGCGCAGUCCAACGGGAGCCGGCAAUAAUCCGAUGGAAUACGCGAGAUUGACCGAAUUACUGGCCCAACUGUCGACUUCUUUGUUCGACGACCGCGGAAAGGCCGCCAGCGUCUCGAUGAUCCAGUGGUUCUACAGCAGUGGAUGUCACAAAGCCUUCUACGAACUGUUGAAGGAUCGAUUGAUUCCCGCUUUGGAGAAUUCUGAGCUUCAAGGUGCGGGUUUGGACGAGAAAAUGGGUGAAAAACCAGAGGGAAAUCGUCUCAGAAAGCUUUAUGAAAUGCUGAAAAUGCUCUAUGGACUUUUCUUUUAGCGAGAAAAAUAAUUCAAACUCUGAAAUUAUUUUUCCAAAUCGAGCUUUGAAGGGAAGGUUCAGAAGAGAAAUUGAGGGAAAAACAUGAAAUUUUGGAGUAGAAUCGGCUCAAAAAUUCUUUAAUUUCAAACAAGAAAAAAAUAAUCUUCAUCUUUUCAAGCUCUUAAGGUUUUUUUCAAAUAUGAGCUUCAUAGAAUGAAAAAUAGACAAGAAAAAUGGGAAGAAAAACAUUGAAAUUUGGGAAAAAAAUUUCGAAGAAAUUCGGCUCAGAAAGCUUAAAAAAUACGGCUUCAGUAGACGUUUUUCGAAAACUAAAAUAAUAUUCAUCAUUUUAGUCUUUGAAAUUCAUGUUUUUUUUUCAAUCUGAUUUGAGGAGAAGACGAGAAAAAAAAGAAAUCAGCUCGGAAAGCUUCUAAAAAUAUGCAGCUCCAGAAGGAUUUUUAAAGCAAGGAAAAUUGCCUCUCGAACUUUUUUUUCAAUGCUGCUUUGAAAUGAAGAUACAGGAAGAUUUCAAUUUGUCAAAAAAUGUCCCUAUUUUUCAGUGUUUUCUGAUGCUAUUUGAGCUUCAAAGGGCUGAUUUGGAGAAAAAAUCUGGACUGGAAUAGAUUUUUUUCAACUCGGAAAAAAGAUCAAGCCGUGAAAUUGUUUUCAGGAGGCCUCGAAGAAGUUUUGCUGGAAUGGUGCCGUUUGGCUGGAAAGCUGGCGAAUCGUCAGAACAUGCUCGCGGCAACAACUGAAACCGACGCGAGAAGUGCCGGAUACCGCCGGAAUAUGUUCGGAAUCAACGGAGAAUUCGACGUCAACAAGUACCUGAGCUUGGUGUAUUAUGUGAGGCCAUCGACAAGCGUGAAAUCCAAUUUCGGAACGGUUCCAGGACCUUUUCAACUCGUUCACUCUGCUCUUCGAGAAGUUGCUCUCGAGCGAAUUGGAACUCGCCAAUUAUCAAAGCAUCUGCGAAGUGUCCAUUUCCGUCUUCAAGGAGGUUUGCAAGAGAAAGAGAUUGAAAAAUUGUUCAAGAGAAUUCCUUCCUUUUUUCUGGGAAAUUUAGAGUAUUUUAGUUUUUAUGAGCCUGUUUAGUUGAUUUUUGAGAAGGAGCUCAUUACAAGGGUUAUAAUUUUUGUAGGGAAUAAACCGAAAUUUUUGCUAGAAGUUUGGAAAAAUUCAGAACUUCAAUUGAACUGUAAUAUGGGAAAAUAUAAAUUAAGAAAGGUUCUAAAAAUUCAGAAAUAGGACAUUUUUGAUUCGAUAUUUUACUAAAUUUUCACGCAGAAUAAGCUUUUUUUCAGAUUUUUUUUAUGUGUCUUCGUUUGUUUUUUCAAACCUUCUCAUAAUCAAAAUCUCUCAUAAAACCUGUAAAAGAUGAAUUUUCUCAGUCUUACUAUUUAAAAAUCGAUUUCAAUCUUUCUAUCAAAAUGAAAAUUUGAUGGAGAAAAAACAAAUUGAGUGAGAAGUUCGCUUUUUCCAUACUUUCUUCAAUUCCACAUUCAUUUAGGUCGCUCCAAACAUGGUGCCGGCCAAAAAACACGUGACGAUCGAAGAAAGAUCGGCCCCAACGGCUGCGGAGAACAGCGAACAACAGCAACAGCGCCAAUGCCUCAUCGACAUGGGAUUCACGGACGAUGAAGCCGUCGAGGCUCUCUCCGUCGCCCGCGGAAGCGUCAGCGAAGCGACUGAGAUCCUCCUUGCUGUUCGUUUUGUAGAGUGUCACUUGAAAAAUGACUAGAAAAAGGAGGAAAGGUUACGAAAAUCAAGAAGCGGAGGAAAAUUUGAAUGGAUCUUCCAAGAAAUCAUGUUUUGUUUGACGAACAAGGGAGCUUUUCGAUCUUUAAAAGCCACCCACUUGAAAAACAAUGUUUAUUUUUCUGAAAGCCUAUGAAUUUUUUUGUUCUUUUGCUCCUUCACGAUAGCUAAGAAUAUGGUGAAGGUAAUCGAAAAAAGUAAUUGUAGUAUUUCAAGUUUCACGUGAUGCAAGGGGAAAAAAGAUGAACGCCUUUUUUUGUUAGUUAUAUCUUGUGCAAACGCAGCGAAACAAGCCUCGGAUUAUAUAAUUUUUAAAUAUUAUAAAAUAAUUAUAAAAUAAUUAUUAGGCUUUUUUUCACAAGGCACAGAAGGGUACAGUAGUCUCCUAUAUUAUAUAUAAUCUUAAUAUAAACAAUUUUUUUGAAAAAAAUGAGUUUCUCUAAGCCAAGAAGGAUCCAGUACUACUGGGUCGCAAAAAGAUGAUUAAAUUUAUUUUUUUUAUUUAUUCAAUUUCCAGUCACGAGAUUCUGCGGCCGCCGCUUCAAGCCAAGAAGGAUCCAGUCGACGUACUUUGCUCGACUUUGGUUUGAAUUAAUUGAUUUGAAACGUGUAUUUUCGAGUUUUUCAGUUCGUUCUGCGAAUCCGGAUGCCACUUUGCCCGACGAAGAAGAAGAAACCGUUGAUGCUCCUUUGAUUCCGCCACUUCGCGAACUGAGAAUUGAGGUGCGGAUUCUUGAAAAUCACGUCUUUAACUUUUCAGUGUUUAUUUUUUGGAUGGCUAGAGCAUUCCUCUGGAGUAAAGCUUCAAAUUUCGAGAUUCGUAGAAAAUAUCGAUCGACAAAGUUUGAUCUAUGAUGGUACAGUAAAGCUCGAAAAAUUACGAAUAUUUUAGAACCAAGGUCCUUUCUAGAAAUUCUUCUAAAACCUAACGUCUUCACAAGUUCCAUUCUUCAGAACGACGUUUCGGUCCACGCGACCUGCGUCCAAUUGAUGCCCCUCUGCAAACGGCUCAUGCAAAUCACGCCCGACCUCGUCUAUUCCUGCUCCGAUUUGAUCAUCAGCGUCCUUCCUUCCCUGGACAAAUCCUGGCGACGUGACCAGCUCAUCGGAAAAAUACUAACCCAAGAAGUACAGAAAGCGCCACAAUUUCCCAUCAAAUAUAAGCUUUUCAGAUCAUCGACAUGACGAAACAAGUGGUCACGACGUCUUCAGAAGACGACAUCCGACUUUUGGCGACACGAAUCCACUUCGCCUGCCUGCUCUUCGACCACAUCGCCGAAGAAUACAUCGAAAUCGUCCACCAGCAGCCGAUCAUCGGCAACCUUCUGAUCCUUGUCGGCGCCGUCGAGGAGAAAUUCGAGACGAGCUACUUCCAAAUGACGCUCCUCCCACCGAUCGUCCUCUGGUUCGACCUCUACGAGAAGAACCGAAGGGCCAGGGAUCGUCGCCGCUAUCUCGGCCAAAGAACCGGAUCAAGCCUCGAAUGGUUCUACAUGGGCGACGAGGAACGUCUCAUCGGGUCGGCGAGGCCCAGGAAAUGGAUCCAGUACCCGACUCAGUCGCAGAAACUCAUCAACAACGCCUUCUUCGCCGGAAAACCCAGUGUCAGCUUCAAGAUGAACGGGUUAGUGGAGCGAGAAACGGAAAUGCUUUUCCUUGUCUAGAAACAAAGUUCGAUGGAAGCUCCAGUUUUCUUUUUAACAUAGUCCAAAAUUAACUUUGAAUAGUUUUUUCGUGUUAUUACCAGAAAUAAGGACAUUUUUUGAAAAUUAUGAUGAACGGGUUAGUGGAGCGAGAAACGGAAAUAGUCUUGAGAAAAAUUCAACAGAACCUUCUUAUUUUUUUCUUUAAAUCCAGUCCAGAGUGUAACUGUUCGAAUACACUGUAAGUGAUUUUUUUCAUGACCAGAGAAUAUUUUUUUGAAAAUUUCUAAAUCUUGAGGGCAAAGGGAAGGUCUUUUGAAUGACAAAAAUAUUUAUUUGAGGUCUUACUUAAAAAUAUACGUCAAAAAAAUCUAGAACAAAUGGUAAAAAUUCUCAAUCAGAGAUACUUGAAUUUCUUGUUGGAGGCGUCAAAGAAGCCUAGAUUAUUAAAAAAUGUUCAUAGCUUUUUUUAAUAAUCAUUUUUUUGGUUAGGCGAAACGGCUGUCUUUAAAAAACUUCAGAUAGGCUGAAUUUUUCAUUUUCGUAAGAAAAUUAUUGCGUUGAAAGAUAGUCAGAAUUGAAAAUUGUUGUAGGAAAAAUGGGUUUUUCCCAAAAUUCCUUGGAAAUGUUGAUAAAACCGUCUUUUUUCUCACCUCUUUCCAGACUAUAUUUCAGACGUCACAACCGACGCGAGAAGGAAAUCGAAAUCGACUUCGCCACGAUGCGCUUCUACGAUCCUUCGUCGUCGUCCAUGUCCGACCACUCCAGAAACGGCGUUCGGGCUCAACUUCCCGACAGCGACACGGACAACGAUCUCGGCGCCGUCAUGGAGCUGGUUCGUUUGAAUAUUCGAAUAUUGUCUUAACUAGGGUACCUAGAAAAUGGGAUACACAUAUGGUUCCGUCAGAUCAAUCUUUUUGAAACUCGAAAAAGCUACGUUUUUUUUCUACAGAAUGUAAUACCCCCACAAAUAACAGUCUUUCCAACCCCAAAAAAAGGUUUCAGGAAAGAUUCAACCUUUCAUAAAAUGAAUUUGAGGUCAAAAAAAGAUCUUUUUUUGGUAUCUUUUUCUGACGGAGCUGUGAAUAGACAGAGAGUUUUCAAGAAGAAUGAUUAGAAUAAAUUUUUAGAUUUAAACAAGCCCUCUACGAACAAAUUUAUAAAUAUGAGGGAAAAAAAUCUCGUUUCUCCACAGUUUCUAACAGUAAUCACUUUCAGGAAAAAGCUCCGGCCUGGUCACCAGCGGAAAACGCCCGACUCUUGCAGCUGAUGGUGAAAAUCCUGAACAAAGGGCGUGAUUCAUCACGUCGCCGCCCAUUCUCUUCUCUCUUUCAUCGCUCGUCUCACGAGACACGUCGAAAAUGCUCACAAUUUCAUGAAGGUCAUUUUUUGAGCCUAGAAGGGUUUUCUGAAGGAUUAUCGAAAAAUCAACAGUUCUUCAUUUUUUGAAACUUUUCCUAGACAAUGAUAGGGUCAAUACAAAAAAUAAGGUGACGAAAACGAGAUGGUUACAAAUAAAAAGUGGUCCCUAGAGAGCAAGAGAUUUUUCCCAAACUUUUUUAUGACCAGAAUUAUCCUAAAAUAUCUUAUUUAAAUAUUCUCGGAUGUAGAAAACAUACAUAUUCACCAAUUUUCACUUGUUCGAAUUUCUCCCUCAGAUUUCACACUUCUUAAAAAGUUUUUUUAUACAUUUUUUUCAGGUUAAUAAUCGCCUCAUACGGAAAAAAAUGAACUGAUUCUGUGUCACAUAACGUGUACUUAAUUUCCCAGCCUUUUUUUUCCAAAUAAUGCAUUUUUUUAUAAAUCAGAAAAUACCUGUCUAUGGAAUAGAAUAUAAAUUAAAGAACUCAAAAAGUUUUGACCAAAAAAAGAUUUCUUCACGAUUUAGACAGCAUUUUUCAAUUAAAAAACAUUCAAGUAUACUUUUUUUCAGAUUGGUGGUCUGGCCGCACUGGUUCAGCUGAAGUCUUCUUCCUCGACUUCUACGAAAACUUUGACGUCGAUGAUCAUUCGGAACUGUAUUGAAGACGAUGCCAUGCAGGCUCAGGUGAAAAAAAAAGUAAAAAGAAAACUAAAACAAGGUACCUUCAGAUGUUCGAAAAGUGCAUCCGAUCUGCUUCCUGCACCGCAAACUCUAACUACGGCGAGUUCACUUGGCUCACCACGAACCGGCCCAAAGAGUGGCACGAGACGCUGAGCAAGCUCGCCCCGGUCGCCGCGAGAAAUCCCGAAGUUUUCGCCGAAGUGAUGGAUCGCGUCGUCAAACUCGACAGCGGAAACAUGACCCUGAUCCCGGCCAAGUCCUCCACGGCCCCUGCGAGCAACGAUCGCGUCGUCGAGGUCGUCAACCUGCUCCUGAACGAGACGCUCAACGGAGAAUGGUCCACCGAGACGGCCAACCAGAAGAGAAUGCUCUCCAGAGCCGCCAUGCUCUCCUUGCUCUCCGAACUCGUCAAGUCCUACCCCGGGGUCGCUCUGAUCGUCUGCGAGGCCAAGACGUCCUCCGGACAGACCUUCGUCUACUCCUUGCUCGACUCCUACGUCGACUCGGACACGGAGAGGGUACUGAUUGUUUUUUAUCUUGAGAAUAGUUCCUUCGAACUGAUAUAACUUACAAAAAUGACGGAAAGAUUAGUAUAUUGCUUGAGGAAAUUUGCUUUUUCGAUGUAGUAUAUGCAUACGGCGUUCUGAAUUCUAAGAGGGUCUAAAAACAUCGUUUUUCUUAAAAAGAUUUUUUUUUCUGUGAAGGUGAAACUCUAG